GAAUUAUUUUUCCAUUGAUGGUAAUAUCAGAAGUAUACUUUGCUUCCAGUCGAAUUUGACCAGGUAAUAGAUAUUUUAUUGUUUAAAGCUCCUUUUUUCAGUACUGCAUGAAAUGUCAAGUAUUUAUAUAUCUUGAUUUCUUUUUUGAAAUUUAUACUACUACCGGCGUAUCCAAUAUUAGCAAAAUAAAAAAUCAGAAAACUAUUUUAAAAUGAUCCAAAUUAAGUAAAACAUGCAUAGAAUCUGUAUUUGUAAGUUAUAUCAUUUAUAAUCUAUUUUAUAUUAUUUUUUUAAAGGAAAUUACAAAUGCAGAGGAAUAUUUUUAUAAACAAAUAUCUACAUGUGUUUUUUAAGAGUCCAAUUCUUGUAAUGGAUAAAAUGCUCGAAUUAAUCUUAAGGAGAGCUAUAAAUAAAUUGUUAUUAAUAUAAUAUAUAUAUAUAUACUAUAUAUAUUUUGUGUUUUAUUUGUUUAAUAUUAACUGGUAUUUAAUUUUAUUUAAAUAGGCUAUUAUUUAUGUUUACGUGGUUUGAGAGGAAAACUAUGAAGGAAUCAAUCAUAGAAAUUGUACAUUUACUCUUCACAGCUGCUAUAGUAAACGAGAUGUCUGUAAACUAUGCUGAGGGUUUGUCUCCAUACGAGCACAAGGGUAAAUGUGGAAUGCCUGAGAAAUUUGAUGACGCUGAUGUAUUAAAAGAAAAAAUUCAACAAUUAGCCAACUAUUUUCGGGAAAGUAAGCAUGUAGUAUGUAUAACUGGUGCUGGAAUAAGUACUUCGGCUGGUAUACCUGAUUUUAGAGGCCCUAAAGGUGUUUGGACCCUUGAAAAACAAGGUCAAAAACCUAUAGUUGAUGUUACAUUUGAAAAAGCAAAACCUACAUUAACUCAUUUGGCCCUUGUUGCUCUUGAACGAAAAAAUUACUUAAAAUUUGUUAUUUCUCAGAAUGUUGAUGGCCUACAUUUAAGAUCUGGCUUUCCUUGCAAUAGAAUUUCAGAAUUACAUGGCAAUAUGUUUGUUGAAGAGUGUGAAAGAUGUCAUAGUAAAUAUGUCAAAAAUACUAUUGUUAAAACAAUGGCUUUACAAUUGACCGGUGAUAUUUGCUCUUUAAAAAAACCGACUGGAAGAUUUUGCAGAGGGAAAUUAAGGGAUACCAUCCUUGAUUGGGAAGAUAAUUUAUCAGAAAGCGCUCUGGAAAUAUCGGAAAAAAACUGCAAGAUUGCUGAUCUUUGCCUCUGCUUAGGAACAUCCCUUCAGAUAAUACCUUGCGGUAAUAUGCCCAUGAAAACAAAAAAAAACAAAGGAAAGAUUAUAAUUGUAAAUUUACAACCAACAAAACACGACAAAAAUGCAGAUCUAUUGAUAAAUGCCUAUGUUGAUGAUGUCAUGAAAGGACUUUGUGAAGAGUUAGGUGUUGAAAUUCAGUCAUUUAAGAGAUAUUAUAUCAAGUUGGAAAGUAUAUGGACAGACAAUAAAGAUUCUAAAAAAUUUCCUUCCAUCGUUGUUGAUGAAUCUCUGCAAGAGAAUAAGGAAAUCGAGGAAGAACAACAGGAGGAAGAACAGACGAACGAGACGGUAAAAGAAGAGCUAAAUGAGGAUUUGAAAAGAAAAAUAAUUUCAGAGGAGAAGACAGAUGAUUUAGAUAUUAAGCAAGUUAAGAAAGAAAAUAUAAAAGAAGAGGCAGAAGUGAAUGAGGAAGGGAAUGUAAAGGAAGAGAAGGCAGAUGAGAAAAAAUGA